AUGUCUUCCAACUCUCUGAAUGGGUCAAUUCCCUCUACCUUUGGCGAUCUGAAAAGUCUAAUGUUGCUAGAUCUUGGAGCCAACCAGCUAUCCGGCGGAAUUCCUGAUGCUCUGGGAGAUGCCUCGUCGCUGAUGCUGUUGUUUCUUGAUCACAAUCACUUUACAGACGGCGGAAGUGAAACAUGGAUACCCAAAUUCCAGCUGAUACAUUUGGUUUUGGCUGCGAAUAAUAUCAGCGGAUCAUUACCGCCAUGGAUAUCAACUCAGUACAACCUUAUUCUUCUAGAGAUCAGUGAGAACCAGCUUUGGGGGACCCUUCCGGCUUGUACUUCAUUAGACAGCCUUGAAUUCAUAAACGUAGCUCAAAAUAUGCUCGGUGGAGUAAUCCUGCCCGAACUGUUCAAUUUACAGUUAAUGAAGUUUCUGGAUUUCUCGCAGAAUUUGUUUGCAGGAUCGAUUCCGGCAGAGAGAGGCAACUGUAUCAACCUCAUAUACCUCAACGUUUCUUAUAACAAUGUGAAUGGUGAGAUACCCUGGUCAAUAACGAGUUUAUCAAGGUUACAGCUCCUAGAUCUCUCCAACAACCAGCUUACGGGCAUUCUUCCACCACAUUUAGCCAAUUGCACAGCUCUGAUAUAUGUAUAUGUUGGUUUCAACAAUUUCUCCAGAACUAUUCCCACCAGUUUGGGGGUUCUUAAAGAUCUCAACUAUUUGAUGCUUCCAAACAACAAAUUCAGAGGUUUAAUUUCUUCAGCAGUUCACGACCUGUCUCGAUUGUCCGUACUGGAUUUGGGCGCAAAUUUAUUAUCUGGAUCUUUUCCAGAGUUUGUUCUCAAUUCCUCAAGACUAUCCGUCUUGAUUCUUCGAGGAAACAAGCUGUGGGGAACAGUUCCUAUGGGAAUAUCCCGGUUAUCUAUGCUGGAAGUCUUGGAUCUGUCAGGGAAUAGAUUUCAUGGAGUUAUACCUGCACAAGUGGGAAACAUCAAAGGGAUGCAGCAUUCUUCUGGUUUAUAUCUGCCACGACACACAAGAAGGGAUUUGUUAAUCAAUAUCGAUAUAUACUUCAACUACAAGGGCAAGGGCAGAGAGGUGAAGCGGCUGGGAUACAAACUGUUGGAUCUUUCUGACAACCAGUUUACAGGAGAGAUUCCAUCGUCAUUAGGCUCACUUUAUGGGCUUUUCUCUGUGAACAUAUCAUGGAACAACAUCAGCGGCCGUAUUCCACAGAGCUUUGGGAAUCUGGGUUUUCUGGAAACCCUGGAUAUUUCUCACAACUGGCUUUCAGGGGCGAUACCCUCUAGCCUGGGUUCGGUCUCAACUUUGGCAAAGAUUGACGUUUCGUAUAACAAGUUAUGUGGGAGAAUUCCAAGUGGUGCCCAGUUCUCUACGUUCGAUGCAGAAGCCUUUGGGAACAAUAGUUGUCUUUGCGGAUCACCGCUACCCACGACAUGCCUGAACAUUUCAUCAUCUGGUUUUUCUCCUCCACUUGCGUCUCAAGAAGAAGAUGAUGAAGAGGACGAGUGGAAAUUUCUUGUGGGCAUGGGCAUAGGGUAUGUGAUGGGAGUUGUCUUGAUUUUAAUGGGGAUGUAUAUGAGUGAAGGAAUGACAAAUCUGAUUUUAGGCAGUCCAGUUAGAGGGCUUCCACAUUAUGGAGUAUAUAGGUAUCCCCAUUGA